AUGUAUACAUAUCAGCUGAAAUAUCAAUCCUAUACAUCAAAUAAGGACAUAAUGGAUACAUCUGCAGUUGAUCUUAGCUCUCAAAUACAUCUUAAAGUUGAACAACCAGUACAAUCAGAUGAUCUGAUAUCGAAGUCAUUAGAGAAAUAUGAUGUGAAGAGAGAUGAGAAUGUAGAAAUGGAAAAUCAUAGUAAAGUUGAAGGCAAUCCUGAACAGAUUAGUGAAUGUGGUAUCAUCAACAGCAAUGACAAUAUUAAUAACAACAAUACCUGUAGUAACGAUGUUGGUGUUGUUGUGGUUAAGAAACGAAAUCCAAAAAGACGAAAUCCCCCUAAAGAAUCCAAAGUCUUCCAGUGCAUUAAAUGUCACAGUUGUUAUACUUCCAGAACAUUUUUAAAAAUACACACUAAAUUCGUACACAAAGAUGUGGACUAUACAUGUCCACAGUGUUGUAAAACAUUUGCAGAGAAGUAUGAAUUGGAAAUUCAUCAAGCAAUCAUUCAUGGAGUUAGCCGGUUUAAGUGUGAACAAUGUAGUCAGUGUUUCUUGACAAAUGGUGCGCUCAAAUCCCAUAAUGAAGUUGUACAUUUAGUUGAAGGCAAUCCUGAACAGAUUAGUGAAUGUGGUAUCAUCAACAGCAAUGACAAUAUUAAUAACAACAAUACCUGUAGUAACGAUGUUGGUGUUGUUGUGGUUAAGAAACGAAAUCCAAAAGACGAAAUUCCCCUAAAGAAUCCAAAGUCUUCCAGUGCACUAAAUGUCACAGUUGUUAUACUUCCAGAACAUUUUUAA